GACAAGCAGCCAGUGUUUGUGACAGAGCAAGUAAGAGACACAGGGGAGACACAUGCUGACAUAACAUCCGUUAAUAGAAAGCCUGAAAGAGAAAUAAGGCAGCAGCUAUGCUAGUCCUGUGUGUUGCUGCGGUUCUAGGUCUUCUCUCAGCAGGUCAAGCUGCUCCUCUGACCUGUGAGGCCCUGGUGAAACCUCUAGAGAACACCAACUUGGAGAUGCUGCUGGGGAAGUGGAUGGUGAUAGGUGACACCUCUCAGGUGCCAGGGUUCAGGACACUGGGCAAGCUGCUCUAUAGCAGCGGCUGGAUGGAAUUCACUGCCACCUCUGACAGCAACAGAGUCAUCUACACAGAGAUCUAUAAUACCCUUGGUGUGUGCUACAGUCUUCGCUUCAACAUGACCUUGCAAGACAAUGUUAUGAAUAUUGCACCUUUGGAUUGUCCUCAUGUCCUCCUGAAGACUGACUGCCCAGACUGUCUCCUCAUCCAAUCAUCUUGUAAAGUGGCAGGAGAAACCUUCCUGGGUCUUGAGUUACUCAGUAGGAGACGAGAGGUGACCUCUGCUGAACUGGACAGAUUUAAAAAGCAAGCAGAAUGUCUCAGUCUUCAUCGACCGCUCGUCCUCAGUCCUCAAAAUAAGCUCUGCCCUCAUCCAGAUUUUCCCACUGACGAAAAUACUACAACAGAUUUGAGUGAUUUCUUAGACAAUGACGAUGACGACGAAGAACUGACAACAAUGGUGGAAACCUUUACGAAGUCUUUUUUCGAUCUAGCUCGUUUUUUGGAGAAUGUAUACUUUAGCAUUUUUCCAGACAGCAAGAAGUGAACUCUACAACAAGCAGGAUAGCUCAAGCAGGAUAGCUCAUUCAGCAAGUCAGGAAAUUACAUUGUUAUCACUGGUUAUCUGUAUAAUACACACGGCAAGCUGGGGCCAGUUGUACCAUCAGAGGGGCCAGUUACAUUAAACAUGAUUGUUGUCA